ACAAGGGACAGGAGGAGAGGGAACGGCUUCUAGCUGUGCCAGAGGAGGUUUAGAUGGAUAUUGGGAAAAUUUCUUCCCUGAAAGGGUGGUCAGGCCCUGUCAGGGAGCCCCAACCUUAGCAGGGGGCUGGGGGAGCAGAGUGUGCUGUUGGGCUGCUGUGGGUGCUGUUCAGAGCUGGAGAGAGUUUGUGGUGUGGUUGUAGGUGCUUCCCCCACGGCUGUGCUUGGCAGGGGUGUAAGCCCUCUGGUUUCAGCAGGUGGGAUGCCCUUCAGAGCAUCCAGGGGCACCUGCACAACUGCCCAUGGCUCGACCUGUCCUGCUUUUCCAGGAGCUGUUGGCCCAAGUCAGGACUGAGGCGCAGGAAGAGCAGGGACAGGAGCUUUGUGGCAGCCCUGGCCUGGGGCUGACCCUCUGCAGGAUCUGCAGCCCCAGGGGCUGAGCUGAGGGAGCAGCUUCAGGGGAUGGAUGGGGGGUUACACCCCUGGGUGCCUCUCGGUGGGGAGUUGAUCCCUGCAAAGAUAAACUUCAGGGAAAUGAGAUGGGAAGCUGAGGUUUCCCUGUCACAUCCAGGGCAGCGCUCCUGUGCGGUGGCUGGGGCUGGUGUGAGCUGUCAGGAUGUGCACAGGGAAGGGGCCUUUGGAAAUCUGAGCAGCAUCUUCCUUUCUGUCUGUGCCCGUGAGGCAAGUCAGGACAGGUCUGGGACAAGGCUGGGUUCCCUCCGGUGAGAAGGAAAGUGGUUUCGUUUCUCCCCUGCCUGAAACGCUGAGGGCAGAAUGUUCCCUCCCCAGCUGCAGGUGGACAAACAUUUCCUGCAGACAAACCCACGGGGGGCUGUGGGGCCACGGCAGGGCAGGGGCACAGAGCCAGGACCCUACCCGAGGGUCCCAGGCCAUGUCAUGUCCCAGCCUGCUGUGAUGGAAGGUGUCCCUGCCCAUGGCAGGGGGUGGAACGAGAUGAGCUUUACGGUCCCUCCAACCCAAACCCUUCUGUGGUUCUGACAUCCCCGAGGCUCCCCAGGAGAGGGGGAGCUGGAUCCGUGCCCUGCAGAGAGGCAGCUGCUGCCACUGCUGGGUCUGGGGGCCAUUGGAACAGCUGGGCUCAGGGGAAGGGGGAAGUUGGCCCUGCCCAGAGCAGCAGGUUGAGGUUUGCGGGGACGGAGCCUCCUCUGGAUCAGCUCAGGCUGGUGAUGGGGGUGGCCGUGGGCUGGGCAGCCCGUGUGACCCUGUGCCUCUCCCCAGCCUACCUGUGUGGCAGCACCAUGGCACGGCGCCCGCGCAGCAGCCGCGCCUGGCACUUCGUCCUGAGCGGGGUGCGGCGCGAGGCCGACGGCAGGGCCGGCACGCGCGGCUGGGGGUACGACUCCGACGGGCAGCAGCACAGCGACUCAGACUCGGAGCCAGAGUUCUCCUCCCUGUCUCCCUCCAUCCCCAGCGCCAUCCCUGUGACAGGAGAGUCCUUCUGCAACUGUGAGAGCCAGAGUGAGGCCUCGUUCUGCUCCAGCCUGCACGCCCUGCACCGUGUCCGGGACUGCCGCUGCGGGGAGGAGGAUGAGUAUUUCGACUGGGUGUGGGAUGACCUGAACAAGUCGACGGCCACGCUGCUGACGUGUGACAACCGCAAGGUGAACUUCCACAUGGAGUACAGCUGUGGCACCGCCGCCAUCCGCGGCAACAAGGAGCUGGCAGACGGGCAGCACUUCUGGGAGAUCAAGAUGACCUCGCCAGUGUACGGCACUGACAUGAUGGUGGGAAUUGGGACGUCGGAUGUGAACCUGGACAAGUACCGGCACACCUUCUGCAGCCUCCUGGGCAAGGACGAGGACAGCUGGGGACUGUCCUACACAGGUCUGCUGCAUCACAAGGGAGACAAAACGAACUUCUCUUCGAGGUUUGGCCAGGGCUCCAUUAUUGGGGUGCAUCUGGACACGUGGCACGGGACGCUCACGUUCUUCAAGAACCGCAAGUGCAUCGGGGUUGCGGCCACCAAGCUGCAGAACAAGAAGUUUUACCCCAUGGUUUGCUCGACGGCGGCCAAGAGCAGCAUGAAGGUGAUCCGGUCCUGUGCCAGCUGCACGUCCCUGCAGUACCUGUGCUGCUUCCGCCUGCGCCAGCUCCUGCCCGACUACGUGGACACGCUGGACGUGCUGCCCCUGCCCCCAGGACUCAAGCAGGUGCUGCACAACAAACUGGGGUGGGUGCUGAGCAUGAACUAUAGCACGUCGAAGCCUUCGUCCUCCUCGUCCUCGGGGAGCGACUCGGACAGCUCCUGCUCGGACGCAGAGGCCUGUCAGAGGAAGAGGUGCAGGAGGACAUAAUGCCUCUGGGGGUGGGGGUUUGUGCCCCCUCUGGGCCUGAUGCACCUCUUCCUUCACGGGGACAUCCAUUGCUACUUGCUGGCAAAGAUUUCCCUUACGCUGUGGAAAUCUUUGGCCUCGACAUCCAUCACAGGCAUUGAGAAGAGCUCUUGGCUCCAAGAGGUGCCAGCUCUGACACAGGAAAACAAUGGUCAAAUAUCUGAGCUUCAUCUCCUGACUUGCUAUCGAAGCAGCGCCUCUUCCUGAAGGAUCCUUCUUCUCCCCGUUGGCACAGAGAAGAUUUAACAAGUUGGACUCGAUGACAGGAGUUGGACUUGAUGAUCUUUGUGACUCCUUUCCAGCUCAGGAUAUUCUGUGAUGAUUAAGGCAGGCUCACGGUUUUAAAGUGUAUUGGACUCCAGUCAAGUAACAGCCCUGACUCCUCAAGGCACACUCAAGGCCAGUCCUCUCCUCCUCCCAGGGUGCAGUUUGGUGUCUGCCAUGAACUCGUCCCUCUCUGGGGCCCGAGGGAGCAGCCCCAGUGCAGGGAAAGGGCCCCAGAGGCGCCGCUGGGUGAGUGGGGACAGGCUGGGCUGGGGCUUCCUCCAGCCCCCAUGACUUUAAUUGCUUUGCAUGUUGGUUCCUGCUGCUUCUCCUCUGUCCAAGGCUCUGUUAAACUGUAAGAAUAAAAGUAGAAACUGUC